AUGAUAGGCAAUAACGAAGUUAGAGCGAACCUCAUAGGUGACGGAUUUUAGAAGACCCCAAAAAGAAACGGAUAUGUUAGAAUGAAUGUUAUUGGAGAGAUUUCUCAAGCUAUUAACUUUGACAAUGAUAACCUUUAUAUUGAAUGGGAGUUUUUUUUACCUCCUCACUGGUAGCCAGAUUAUGAGGAUUUGCAAGAAAAUAUGCCAAUUUUAUCAGGACACAUUAGCGAAGAUAUGAAAAGGGAUUGGAAUUUUUUCUCAUCCAUAACCCAAAUAGCUUCUCCUAUUUAAUUAAAAAACAAAGAUGGUUAAAACGAACUCAUAACUAACUUCUGCUUCCCAUUUGAUAUUUAGGUUUAAACUAAACAAUAAACAUUUGAAGAAUUAUCCAAAUUCCCUAUAUUAUUCCUUACAUUAAGUUCAAUAGAUUCAUGGGGUAGAAAAACCCUUUAAGGAUACACAUAUUGUGAAGUUCCAAGAAAACCAGGAUACCAUGAAAUAACUGUUAAAGCUUGGGCUCCUGCUUAAAGUAUUUACUAAAAAGUACAUGAGUUUUUCCUAGGAGGACAAACUAAGCUUUAUGAUAUAAAAAAAAUAGCUUAGAAUUCAAUUUUAAAUGAUGAAGUAAAUAAAUAUCUUUUAGAUAAUUAAAAAGCUCUAAAUAAAUAUUAAAUACUAACUAUUAACAGAAUACAUAAAGCGCUAUUGAUAGAUUUAAUCUAACUACUGAGAGUAAAGGAGCUGUUAAAUUAAUAUUUAAUGUUGCAUUUUAGUCAAAAAAACGUAAAGAAGAAUAAACUGCCAUUUACCAUGCAAAAAGAUUAAAUCUCAAAAAGUAAUAAUAAAAGUUAAUAGAUCCAUCUGAAAUCGAUUAGCAAGGAUAACAAGAUAACUCUUAUGCACCUGUUAUAAAAAACGAGUAUACAACUUCACUAAGAUAUACUACGUAGAAAUUAAAUUGAUAUUUAUGAUUAUGCUUAAACAAUUAAAUUGUUUUAUCAACUAAUUAACUAACUAACUAACUUAUUCUAUUAAAAUUCUUUAAAAUUAUUGUAUAUUAUUGUAAAAUUUAUUUAUUUAUCCAAAUAAAUAUUUAUUUUGUUAGUAUUUUGUUUAUCAUUAACAAAUUUUAGUUUUAAAAAAUAAAAUAAUAGCAAAAAAUAAUAAAUAAAAUUAAUUUAUGUUAUAUAAAAUUUGAUUAAAUAAUAUAAAAAAAAAAAAUUUAUUUUUUAUUUUAUUAAUUUUUCAAUUUAAAUAAGAUAUCUUAGAAGAUUCGUAGAAAUAUUAAAAUUAAUUAUUAUUGAUAUUAUUUAGUAAUUCGUUGAAAAUCAACUAUUUUAUAUUAUUAAAAAGACCAAAGAGUAAAAUGAUAUUUAGAUAAUUUGGUGCAUUUUAAAGUAAAAUUUAAUUCUGCUUUUCUUCAAGCUCUCGUGGUUUUUUGAGAAGCGGUAUAGGCUAUAGUAUAGAUAAUAUUCCUGA